AGAUGCAACACCGGCUUCCCCAAAGUCACCAAACUUAUACUUUGGUCUAAAAGUCGUAUGGGGGCUUGAUCAGACGAAAUUGACCGCUGACUCGAUGGACGAUCCCCCUGCCAGUGUGCUCAGAGUAUUCUAGGACACCGCCAGCUUCAAGAUAGGACCUUUUGAUGGGCACGGAUCACGUGAUAAGUGUCGUCCUCAACAAGAUACGCGCUGCCUGGCAUUCCUCUACCACCACUGUCGUUGAAACGGAUUUAAUUCAAGUCCUCAACCUUCAUAACCGCUAAAGAUGAAGCACCUUGCAGCCUACCUGCUCGCCACCCUUGGCGGUAACGAAUCCCCUUCCGCUGCGGACAUCAAGAAAAUCCUCAGCGCUGUCGGUAUUGAGGCCGAGGAGGAGCGGAUCUCCAAGCUCAUUGCUGAACUCAAUGGAAAGGACAUCAACGAGUUGAUCGCUGAAGGUUCCAAGAAACUUUCCUCUCUCCCUGCUGGUGGUGCCGCCCCUGCUGCGGGUGGUGCUGCCGCUGCCGGUGGUGCUGCUGCGGAAGCUCCCAAGGAAGAGAAGAAGGAAGAGGCUAAGGAGGAGUCUGACGACGAGAUGGGCUUCGGUCUAUUCGACUAAGCUCGGCAUUGUUAAAUAUAUUCGUUACUCCUUACAAGCAGUGCGCACUAUGAUUUCUGUAGUUCCUUAUGGAAUGCCGGGUUGGUAGCUUUGACUUCAUUGGAUUAGGGAGUGGAUUCUGCAAGAGAAGUCAGCGCUAAGUGACUUUGAGCAUUGCCAUAUGGUAAAGUUUAGGGCGAAAGGUACUGUUGCAGAGAAGCAUUGACGGAAGUCGGAACCACAUGUGUGCUUGUCAUCGAACAGAUAUAUCCCAAUGGUGCCCGGGAUCUGGGAAAGGAUUGUUCAACC